AUGACCUGUUGUGGCUGGGGGGUGGUGGUGGUCUCUGCUGCUGCUCUGCUCCUGUUAACCGCCCUCGGACUGGCGCUGGCCCUCAUUCUUACACUCCCUGCUUUAGAGAUAAAAGGUCAAGCAGUUGAGGAUCAGUUGUCGUCCACCGGCCCUGCAGACCUAUUGAGAACAGCAGAGGGUGAUUCCCAUACUUUACCCACAAGCCCAUUCAACAGAAGUCAAUGGGACAGUACAGCACCACCACAAACUACAAGGAUCCCCUUGUCUGAAACACGUUGUGGGGGUGUACUGACAGACUCAGAGGGCAGUUUCAGUUCCCCAAACCACCCUGGCCCCUACCUGCCCAACUCCCUGUGUGUGUGGGUUAUCCGAGUCCCGCCCCCCUCCCUGGUUCAGAUCCACGUGUCCUCUUUGGCCGUGGAGGGGCCCUCUCCCUGUCUCUUCGACUGGCUGGAGGUGCAAGAGCAGACAGAGCUGAGCUCUGUGGUCACCAGGUUCUGUGGUAGCGUAGCACCACCGACAGUCAACACAAACAGCAGCACAGUGUGGGUCACCUUCCGCUCUGACAGCAGCAUCAGCGGGGCCGGCUUCACGGCUCAGUACAGGGCCCUGCAGCCUGGACACAAGAGCUGCUCCAGAGAAGAGUUCAUGUGUGAUAGUGGACGCUGUCUGCUGCCCGUGUCUGUGUGCGACGGUCAUCCAAACUGCCACGACCAAACAGAUGAGGAAAACUGCAGCCAUAAACACAAGGAAUGUGGCGGGCAGAAGUCGGGAUCUCACGGUCACCUGUCAAGUCCCAACCACCCAAAGCCUUAUCCUCACCAGCAGUUGUGUAUUUGGUAUAUAUCCGUUGAGGAGGGCCACGUCAUCACACUGAGUUUCAGGAACUUCAGCCUGGAGACUCAGGACGUGUGUGAGUUUGACUACGUGGAGGUGCACGACAGCGUCGACACCGGAGCUGGAAGAGUCCUGGGAAGGUUUUGUGGCACCACCUUCCCACCUGACCUGACCUCCUCGGGCCCCCACAUGACUGUGGUGUUCAUGGCUGAUGAGGGAGUGGCAGACAGCGGCUUCAACGCAACGUACCAGUCUGUGUCUGUACUGGACAGGACAUGUGGUCCCAGCCAGUUUGCCUGCAGUACAGGGAUGUGCCUCCAGCCGCAGUGGUUGUGUGAUGGAUGGAACGACUGCCCUGACGGAGCAGAUGAACAGGGAUGUGGAAACUCCACCUACCCUCCCUUCACUUCAUCAUGUGAGGUAAUAGAGGUGGAGAUGUGUCAGGGCCUCAGCUACAACCUCACCUUGUUCCCAAACAUCUGGCUUUCUAUUGCUGACCAGAGAGAAGCUGCCACAGUCCUGCGACAGUACCGGGUGCUUAUGGAGCUGGCCUGCUUUGAGCCCCUGCAGAGGCUGGUUUGUGGGAUGUUUCUGCCCCAGUGCAGCCCCCAAGGUGGCGUCCUCCAGCCCUGCCGCUCGGUUUGCUCCUCGGCUGAGCAGCAGUGCAGUCAGGCCCUGGAUCUCCUCUCCUUCAGCUGGCCCUUCAACUGCCACCUCCUGCCCGACUCACAGGACCCUUUGGAGUGCUCGCUGCCUUGACGCUCAUCUCAACUCUUGUCGAGUUUUUUUCAAGAAACCUUUCACCGCAUUGUGUAAGGACCAAUUUGCAUUUUCCAAAAUGUAUUUUUUCACAACUGGAAAGUUUCCUCUGGACUCAGAUCAGCUGUACCACAGCAUUCAAGUGUGUUGCAAAAAUGAGAUGCAUCAUGAGUGCAAACCUCACUGCACACUCCUGCCUAUAAAGCAUUAAUGGUACAAAGAGAAACAGGUGACAGUAGCCAUUUUAUAUUUAAAAAAAUACCUUAAUGUACCUUGAUGACCUGUUUAUCAUGUUUUUGUUUGAUUCACUGAUACGAAAAUCCAACUGUUAUAAACUAGCUUUUUGCACUAUUUAUUGCCUUAACGUGAUGUACAGUAAAUCAUGUAAAACAAAUGAGGCCAAUGAAGGAAGAUUGAAUACAGAAUACCUUUAUUGCAUCGUUCUUCAACAGAGCACAUUAGUAUGUGCCUCAAUCAUUUCAGUGCUCAUAACAGUCCAGACCUGAUAUGUUGAGUGAUGCAAUAUGACACAGACAUGAGUUGAGUCAAAUCAUGAACUACAGUACAAUUAAAUGCAAACCUCAUUUGAAACUUGUAUGGAAAAGGUUAUUCAAGUUAAAAACCCACAUAAUUGGUAACUGGAAGAAACCGAGAUCUAAAAAGGUGAACAAAUUUAGAAUUUAUGAGCAUUGACAAUUUAUAUUUUAUAUAAAUUAUACCACUAUCAUACUUAAUACUAUUAAAUAAUAAUGCUGAAAUAUGUAAAGCAUUUUUCAUAAAAUAACACUAAGUGUUUUACAGAAGAACAGCAAUAGAAAGAAGACCUCAUCCAAACCUUGAAUUUGCUUUUAAAAGUAUCCACAUUCUCUGCUGCAUUGGGGUCUUUUGGCUGAAGUAAUAAAACGUUGUUUCAUCAUG